CAUGUUUCUUUUAUGCAUUUAUUACCGAUCAAUGUAAACGCAAUUUUUUUAAAACAUUCGAGGUUUAAGGAGUGCGGAUAUUUCGUUUAAGAGAAAAGUAAAAACAUUGUGUUUUCAAAUCAUUUUCAAUGACUAUCUAAGUUUCCAGCAAUUGAAAAUGAGUACUGACAAUCUAAUGGAUUCCAAGUCUGAUCUUCCUCCACCCUAUGAAGCAGUAACAGACGAUUCUCAACUUGAGACGCCAAGUACUGUACAGUUUCCCGCUCAUCAACCACAUCCACAUCCUACCGUAGACGGGUACACUUACCAACCAGGAUAUCAACCUUUACAGGCCCAGUCUGGUUACAUCCCAAAUAUCCAUCCAAAUGGAGGAUCUGAAAAGGGAAUGUCCCAAGUGGUUGUUUGCCAGCCUGUACCUGUACAGGUUGUUGGUGCGAGUCAACAGAAGCCACCAGACUAUCUAUGCCCGUCAAUUCUGGCUUGUUUGUGCUGUUUCUGGCCCACAGGAAUUUCUGCAAUUUUUUUCUCUUGCGUGGCAAGUUCUCUAGCGAGUAAAGGGCACAUGGAAGAUGCGAGGAUAAUGUCAAACCACUCUCGAAAUAUGCUGAUUGCUACUGUGGUCCUCGGCAUUCUAUUUAUUGCCGGCUAUGUGAUAUACACACAUGUAAUUAGGCCACAUUAUGUAUAGGUUAGUGUUUAAUAAUAUGCGUUAACAAAAAUAAUUGGUCAAGGCUGCCGCAGGCAGGCGACCAAUUAUUUUUGUUAAUGCAUAUUAUUAAACAUUAACCUAUUUAAUGAUCAACAUUAUUUUUUUCAACUAACAACAAGGCAUUUCUCUAAAUCACCAAUAGCUCUGCCCUUUCCCUCUACAACAUGUCUACACCUUGUCAAGUUUCUAACGUUUCACAUUUAGAUAAGCUAAAUAAAUGGCCCAGGCACAUUUUUUUACUGAAAAGUCACAGAAUUUAUACCUUUGUCUACAGUAUCAUGUUUAUAAUAUAUCUGGAAAAAAAACAGCGAGGAAACGAUGCAAUUAGGUAAAAAACAAUGGAGUUAAUGAAAUGUGUACAUCCUUUUAAAAUAAAUGGAAAAUGUGAGAAAAAAUGCAUUAGAGAUUAUUCAUUGAUACAAAUUCGUUAAUAGCUUCAAGGUAUUCACUAACAUUCAAAAUCCCUAUUGGUUUGCUCAUUUGAAAAGCAGUUCUUUUUUCUGUGUGAAGGGGGUCCAUUUUCAAUGAGUUUUCCGGCCAAAAAUGUAAUCAUUGUAUUCUUGAUAUCAAUGAUUGUUAAUGCAGUUUAUUCCUAUCAAGUGAAAGAAAAUAAUGUUUUGGUUACUUUUACUAUAAAAUAUAAAGUUUAAAACAGACAGCAAUUUAUAACAGUCAUUUUUCUUAGUGUUCAAAGGAUAUAAAAAGUUAAUAUGCAAUCAUUUGUCUCUGCGUACCCAACAUGUAUUAUCUAUGUAAUAAAUCAGUUGAUUGUAUCCUCAUUAGAAACACCUGACCUCGACUAAUUUUUUUAUGUUGGCAUUUUUUUUCUAACCUUGACAUUUUACAAAUCAGAGUGUAAACCAUACCUCUAACUCCUCCCUAAUAUAAUGCAUUAUUGAAAUUUGUUAGACUGCGGUUAGACGACAGAUUAAGUGAAUUUUAUUUAGUUAGUACACAUUAACCAAAAGUUAGACAAAGCAUAAAUUUGAAAAAUACUACAAUGUGAUUGAACAAAAAAUAAUGUUGAUCAUUAAGAUUUGAACCAUAAAUAAUAUCUUGAUGAUAAUACUGGAAUACCGAUAUUAUCAAAACUUUGGAACUGUGGACUGAUUUAUCUAUGUGAAUUCCUUUACGUCCAACAAUGUAUAUGACAUUCAGUCAAACCAACCUUUAAAUAAAAGUUGUUUUUUUUCUGAGAGAAGCUUUUUUAUUGUUUUCUUUCUUUGUUAUACGAUGGAAUUAUUUUCCGUUUUAGGUUAUUUCUCUGUUUGUCCUUUUCUUUUUUUUUUCUGUAAUUUGAAAUUCAGUUUUCAAGCGUUUUUUUUCUUUGUAGUUUAUUUGUUUUCGUAUUUUUUCGUUCUUUUUUAUUUUUUGCUUGAAUGUACAAAACUAUAGAGAUCAAAAUAAAAUGACUCCGUAGGCGUCACUAACUUAGUUAUAGUUUGGAAACUACUGACAAUCUCCUUUUUUCUUUCUUUUUUUUUUAUAUAUGAUACAAUUAUUUUGGACAGCCAGCUUCUGAGGCUGUUUGUUUUUUGAUGUUUUUUUGCCAUUUUCUUUUUCUAUUUUUCUGUUAUUUGAAUAUCUUUUUUUCAAAUUGUUCCAUUGUUUUUCUCGGUUGUUUGUUUAUUGGUAAUCGCCCUUUUUUAAUAAACUUUGAUGUACAUAACAAUAUACAUGUAGAUAGGUAUCAAAUGAUUUAAUAGGCAUUACAUCGUUAUUAUCUCUGUAAGUAAAAGAUAUAAUUAAUACAUUGAUGUUACACUGACGUACUUCAUUUAUGAUGUAUGAAAGAAAAGUAAAACAAUACUGGAUAAGGCUUGACUUGACAUUUCUUAUGUUAACAAUUGUUACUAAACAUGUUCAUUUCUUGAAUUAAAAUGUGAGUUUUGUA